CUCACAUCUGCUCAUCUGUCAUUUCAUUACUGAACCAGUUUUGAAGAGUUGUUUUUUCAUAUUUGUGGACUGCAACUUUUGAAAAUGAUUGACAUAUUUUGGUUCUGUUUGUGUUUGUGGCGUCUGGUCGGUGUGUUUGGUGUUGAUGAAGUGAAGUCAGUGUCAGUGAAGGAGGGAGACUCAGUCACUCUAAACUCUGAUCUUACUGAGUUACAGACACGUGAUCUGAUAACAUGGAUGUUUGGACGUCCAGAGACUCUUAUAGCUCUUAUCAACAAAGAGGAUGGAAUCUUCUCUACAUCUGUUGGUCCUGAUGGGAGAUUCAGAGACAGACUGAAGCUGGAUCAUCAGACUGGAUCUCUGACCAUCACAAACAUCACAACCACAGACUCUGGAAAUUAUACUGUAUACAUCAAAGGCACAAAAGUGACCACAAACAGAUUCCAUGUUACUGUCUAUGCUCACCUGCCUGUUCCUGUCAUCACCAGUUACUGCUGUUCAUCAUCAUCAUCAUCGUCUUCGUCAUCAUCAGUGUCCAAAUGUGUGCUGCUGUGUUCAGUGGUGAAUAUGGGUCAUGUGACUCUCUCCUGGUACAAAGGAAACAGUUUAUUGUCCAGCAUCAGUGUGUCUGAUCUCAGCAUCAGUCUCUCUCUACCUCUGGAGGUGGAAUAUCAGGAUAAAAACACCCACAGCUGUGUGCUCAACAAUCCCAUCAGCAACCAGACGAGACAUCUGGACAUCAGCAAACUCUGUUGCACAUGUUCAGACUCGGUCCACUGUCGUGGUUCUACUGAAGCUGUGAUCCGAUUGGUCCUCUCUGCUCUGGUGGGCGUGGCUACUGUCAUUCUUCUGGUUUAUGACAUCAGAUCCAGAAAAGCUGAACAAGAUCAAACACAUAUUCACACAUCAGGAAGUACUGAAACCUAAAGCAGAUGCUGAACUUUACAUGUUCUUCAGGUGUGUGUUGUUUUCUAGUGUUUCUAAAUUUUAAAAUCCAGUUUGAAAGGCUUUGUUGUCAAUAUUUUCUUCAGAUACAUAAAACAUAUGAAUGAAGAGACACCCAGGACUCUCUUUACUACUGCUGUCCUACUACUAAAGUUUUCUCACUCUGAGGUUCAAGAGUUUCUCCAUUUUUUAUUACAUUUAUUAUGUCGAGCACCUCCUGCAGGAAUAUAAACUGUAUGUAUAUUUUAAUGGAUUU